AUGGCGGUCUCCAUUGCGCCGAAGGACGUUAGUACAUACUUAAAUCAAAAACAAAAUGUGUCGGAUAAGGAACUGGCCGCAGAAUGGGCCCAGCUGGAAGAAUUGUAUAACAAAAAGCUUUGGCAUCAGUUAACAUUGAAACUGGAGGUUUUUGUUAACAAUCCGUCCUUACAGAAGGGUGAUAAUCUGGUACAGUUGUAUAACAACUUUCUAUCGACGUUUGAGAGCAAAAUAAAUCCAUUGUCGUUAGUCGAGAUCUUAGCACAUGUAAUUCAACAGUUUCAAGAUAAACAGGAAGCCAUCGACUUCUUAGAAAAAACUGAAUCUAAAGUCGAAAGUAACAAUGAGGCACUUGCAUUAUGUAAAGUUCUUGCAGGCCAGAUAUUAUUAGAUAAAUUAAAUGAUCAAGAAAAGACAAAAAAGAUCAUCGAAGAUGUCGAAACAAUGCUUGAUAAUGCCGACGGUGUUACUACUGUUCAUGGCAGAUUUUACCUCCUAGCCAGUAGAUUAUAUCGGUUGCAAGGCAAACAUGCUGAAUACUACCGCACUGCAUUGAGGUAUUUGGGAUGCAUCGAACUAAGCACCCUAAGUAAACAAGAACAAGAACAACAUGCUUUCUUUCUUGGUCUCGCGGCUCUCCUGGGUGAAGGGGUUUAUAAUCUUGGUGAGCUUUUAGCUCAUCCUGUUUUAGAAUCGUUAAAAGGCACUCCCAAUGCCUGGUUGGUCGAUUUACUGCAAGCAUUCAAUGCUGGUGACAUUGCUGCAUUAGAAAGACUAAAACCGCAAUGGAACAAAGUAGCCGACCUAGCAGCUCAAGAAUUGAAAUUGCGGCAAAAAAUCUCACUGUUGUGUCUUAUGGAGAUGACUUUCAAACGUCAGGCAAACAAUAGACAAUUAACAUUCGCUGAGAUAUCUCAGGAGACACAUCUUCCCAUUGGCGAAGUUGAACUUUUAGUAAUGAAAGCAUUAGCGCAAGGUUUAGUUCGUGGCGCUAUUGAUCAAGUGGCAAGAACAGUUAACAUGACAUGGGUUCAGCCCAGAGUGCUAAACCAUAGCCAAAUUGCAGGAAUGGUCCAACGAUUGGAUGGAUGGUGCAAUGACGUUAACUCCAUGGAGCAUCUUCUUGAAUCACGAGCAUCAGAAAUUCUCACCCUGUAAUAGCCCUUGUCAAAUCAAUUUUGCAAUCUCAUUUUUGAGUCACACAUUUCUGCAUACUUUGUAUAUUACAAAAAUCAUCAGCAUGAAACUCGUGAUAGUUGCUAUAUUUUUACAAUCACAUUAAUUUGUCCGUCUAUUAGAAAUUCAUUGACUACACGCGAUCAACUGAUAACAAAGUGGUACAUAGAAAA